CUGGGGUAGUGCAAGCCCCUUGCAGAAAUCUAAGUCUCUAUUCACUGCAGCUCUUAAAUCCACGGGAAAUUGCUUUCCUUGGCACCUUUGAUCCUUGCCCAAAUAUUAGUCACUGGACUGAAACUAUUUUUUAAAAGGACAGUCCUUUACUCAAUAUGUGCUGUUUUUAAAAAACCAGCAGCAGCAACAACCCCUCUAUAGUAUUUUAAAUGCUCCUUGAAGUUGGUUCUUUAAUGCUCCUAACAGGUUUGUUGCAAACAGGUGUUAGCAUACCAGCUCAUCCCACGGUGAUAAAUCACGAUGUUGUCAGAAGACCUCCGCCCUCAUCCUCUGGCAAGUUGAGAUAAGUUCAUCUCAUGCCUGAGAUGACAAAGUUGUCGGAGAGCUACCGGUAUCUUGUGACGACUGCAACUGCCCUCCACUUUGCCCAAGAGAGAGGGCGAGAGAGCGCACCCCUUCCCAGGGAAGAGCCGCCCAGCUCUCCUCUUCUUCCUCCUCCUGCUGUCCUUUUCUGGCUGCAUGUGUAGAUAGAUAGAUAGAUCUCCGCACCCCAUGAGCGGACAUCUCUCCUGGAUGUGCUUCCAGCUGCACUUUCCUUUCCCUGGAGGAUCCUAGAAUAGCUGCGACAUCCUCAUCCUUCUCCCGCUGAAGCAGCCUGGGGGCUGGGGGAGGAGAAAGCAGCCAGGAAAUGGCAUUGCGAGCAGGCGGUGGGCAGUGGCUCCUGCUGCUGCUGCUGCUGCUGCUGCUGCUGCCAUCUGGGUGAUGGGAGGAGCAGAAGGGUGGGAUUUUGUGCAAGGAAAAUCCCCCUCUCCUCGCCCAGCUGCCGCCAACUUGACUUGAUGUUGUGGAAGGAAUAACAGACUCCCUGUGAGAAAAGGGGCUUGGAAAAAGGAAUUUAGGGCUGCUCCAGAACCGCCUCUUUUCAUCCCCAAUGUGUGCUGCUUCUCCCCAAAAUUGCGGGCUGCGCUUAUUGCUCUUAAAAGAUUCAGGAUGGAGAUUCAUGCUUUAUGGCUGGCGCAACAUCUCCUCUUUGCGCUGUGGGUUAACAGUCUACUGACAAUUGGAUUAGCAGGUGCACAACAAGGGGUUAUCUGCAAUGAAUCCCUCAUGUUACAAAACCUGCCUUUGUGUGGGAAAUCUUUUCAAGAGAUGAUGCACAAAGUGGACUCUGCAAAAUGGUGCAAUCUAACAGAAUUUAUCCUGUAUUACAACAACUUUACCCUUUGUACAGAACACAAGGCUGCAACAGCAAAGUGCUUUUGGCCUAACCCCAUUGCUGAGGGCUUCAUCACUGGAAUCCAUAAACAAUUCUUUUCAAACUGUACUUCAAAAAAAGUGCAUUGGGAAGAUCCUCCAGAUAAAAUUUUGAUCACCCUGAUUUUCAUUCCAGUUCUCUUGACAAUUGCCAUGAUUGGGCUAGUGGUAUGGUGCAGUAAGAGAAAUGAUAUUUUAGUGUAGCUAAACCUUCAUCACCAUUCUUUAUUAUUUUUAUUUUAGCUUUGUUUUUAGAAUGACUGAUGGCAAAAUAAUAAGAAUUUUUAUAUAUUUACAGAGUUCUAAGCUGUGUCAAGCAAUAAAAGGAAUAUUUAUGCAGCCACACAUGCCUACAAUCUGCAACUAUUACUGGUACUUCUCUAACAGUGCAGAAAUUGUUUUGACAAUGAACAAAAUGGCUGACAAGCAUAUUUCUGUAACAGAAGCCAUAUGGAAAAAACUGAAAAUAUAAUCUGAACCUGCUACCUAUAAUGGAAUGUUGUUUAUGUAAAUGAAUAAAUAAAUAAAUUGUAUUUACUACAGGGUUUGUUUUGGAAUUAAAAACAAAUAUUAAAGGCUUUGAAGCAUGAAUUUUUACAGGCCUCUGUGACCAAAGAGCCGUAACAUGAGUGUUGCUGAAGAACUUGAUUUCAACACUUCUGUUUUCCAAAACACACCGUGAAAAGGAGCAGCUAAUAAUAAUAAUAAUAAUAAUAAUAAUAAUAAUACAUUAUUUAUACCCCACCCAUCUAGCUGGGUUUCCCCAGCCACUCUGGGCAGCUUCCAGCAAAAUAUUAAAAAAUGCAAUAAUUCAUCAAAUAUUAAAAGCUUCCCUAAACCUUCAGGUGUCUUCUAAAAGUCAGAUGGUUGUUUAUUUCCUUGACAUCUGGUGGGAGGGCAUUCCACAGGGCAGGUGCCACCAUCGAGAAAGCCCUCUGCCUGGUUCCCUGUAAUUUUGCUUCUCACAGUGAGGGAACUGCCAGAAGACCCUCAGAGCUGGACCUCAGUGUCCUGAUGGGGGUGGAGACGCUUUUUCGGGUAUACUAGGCCGAGGCUGUUUAGGGCUUUAAAGGUCAGCACCAACACUUGGUGGCCACUCCCAGUCCAGAGUCUAGCUAACACAUUCUGGAUUAGUUGUAGUUUCUGGGUCACCUUCAGAGGGAGCCCCAUGUAGAGUAGUAGUCCAAGCGGGAGUCCAAGCGGGAGAUAACCAGAGCAUGCGCCACUCUGGUGAGACAGUCUGCGGGCAGGGAGGGUCUCAGCCUGCGUACCAGAUGGAGCUGGUAGACAGCCGCCCUGGACACAGAAUUAACCUGUGCCUGGACAUGGACAGCUGUGAGUCCAAAAUGACUCCCAGGCUGCACACCAGGUCCUUCAGGGGCACAGUUACUCCAUUCAGGACCAGGGAGUCCCCCACACCCACCGCCCCCUGCCCCCCAAAAAACAGUAUUUCUGUCUGAAAGGAUGGCAUAAGGAACUGGAGUGUACAGAAUGAACUUUUGGAAAGACGCAGGGGUUUUUUUUACAUAGCUGGAAGAAGAAUGAUAGAAACUUGGUUGACUAUGAAUGUGUUAAAGUGGCUCCUCUCUUUUUCUUGUUAAUUUUAGGACUGUUUCUACCGUUGUAGAACUUUGGGUAUUUUGUGCUUGUAAUAUGCUUUAAAUAGACAAUACUAGGAAAAAUAAAUAAAAUACUGCCACUAUGUUAGUAGUAUAUUUGCCUUUUAGAAUUUGUGAACUUGGAAAUGAACUUUCCAGACAGAUUUGCACAUACAGGAUGGGAAGCAAACUUCCAUCAACAAACAUACUAUGUGGGAAAAUGGAUGUCAAUAUGAAAUGGGAAAUAUAUAUAACAACUUUGAAUCUCAGAGUAAACACCAGAUUUGCCACAUUUUACGUGCCCUCCAAACUAAAUAUUCCAUUUUGAGAGCUAACAUUUUCCAGUCAUAAACAGUUUUGUUUUCAAUCCUCACACAAAUAAAGCCAGAACUGAUUACUAUUUGUCUGCUGUUUUCUAAAGUUUCCAUCUUUUGCUCAUGAUAUAUGGGAUGCAUGAGAUGCAGGUCUGUCUAUGUUAACAUGAAAAUGUUCUUUGUGUUACUGCUGUAUUUGUAUAAAAUUCAUUAUGUGUUGCAGCUUGGCCUCUUUUCUGUUCAGAAAGGCUUGCUAAUGUAAAAUGUAACUCCAGCAUUUUUUGCACAUCUUUUUGUAUAAGGGCAGAGAAACUGAGGCAGAAAAUCUGAUCAAAUUGUCCAGCGCAUAUGAGAUUUAUUUUAAUGGUUUUUGUAUCCAACCACCAACUCAGAAUUAAAGCUUCUGCUUUCACAAGAACAGCAAAAAAAAUAGGAACAUAUAUAAUUUAUUUCAUGAGGCGCAACAGUGGAUUGGGUAUUUCCUCCCACAUGAUCUCAGGCAGGAGCAAAGACUUGUGGGAGGUAGGCACUUCCUCAGUUUUUUCCUCAAGCAGUAUGUUUCUCCUGCCUCUCCUGCUUCUUCAGAUGAGAUUUCAGUUUUUGAUUUUAUUCUAUGUGUGUGUGUGUGUAAAAUUGUCCCUCCCCGCCUGUUUGUUUGCCUUAGCAAACCUUAGUUUUGUCUUAGUCUUGUUUUAGUUUAUUUAGUUUACUUUCUUGCAGAGUGCCCCUGUAUACUGCUCUCCUACAGUGUUGCUGAAUAUGCUCGUUUUUUGCAUGCUGUGGCUCCGUUUUGCUGCGCACCAUUUUAUUGAUCAGAUUUAAAGAUAAGCGGCAUAGCUGCCAAGUCUCCUGUUUUCCCCGGGAAAUCCCCGUUUUUCCAGCUGUUCCUAGCUGAAAAAACUUAUUUUUUUGUUUUUUCCCGGUUUAUUCUGGCACGGCAGCCAUUUUGGAA